CAUGAUCAUACUUAACUAGCUAGGGGGAAUUUUACAUAUCGUCAUUGAUGACAAUGGGGACAUAAAUUGACCAGACACAACAUUCAGUCAGCUGUCUAUAGUGAAAGCGAAACCUGAACGCAGAAGCACCAACUCCUCACAUCAUUCGCUGUUUAAUCAGUGAAGUGAAAUAAUGUCCACUGUCACUUUCUAUGGUUGGGAAGUGGAUUAUGAUGGGGACCACCAUCUAAAGGCUGAGCAAGAAGCUAAAUCUGGCAGACUCUACACCAUGUACCAUGGCACCACUGUACAAACUGCCCGUACCAUUAUUAAUAAUGGCUUCAAGCAGUCUCCAGACGGAAUGUUGGGCCCUGGUGUUUAUGUGAGCCGCGAUCAGAAAAAAGCAGAGCGCUACCCUUUAAAGUCCCCUGUCACUGACAAGGUGGUGUUGAAAUUGCAAGUUGAUAUUGGGAAGGUGAAACGCAUCGACACCGACAAUCACCCCAUGCAAAAGACCUGGCACACGCAGGGCUAUGACACUGCAUGGGUGCCCCCCAAUUGUGGAAUGAGAGCUGUACCAAGCGGCCUUGAGGAAGAUUGCAUUUGGGACCCAAAGCGGGUUGAGGUGGCGGAUAUUGCUCUUGCACCCAACACCACUCUUGUGGCUGAGCUUCGGCAGCUGAUAUCUCAGAGAAAGAGUCAGUCUACGAAGCCCUCCGUCCAAGGAGCCUGUAAUUUAUGCAAGAGGACAAAUGAUCCCACCCAUGUUGCGCAGCCAUGUUGGGGAUGUGGAGAGAAUAUUUGUACCUUCAUGGCCAAACAUACCUGCCGUGUCAGGCCAUAAUGUGAAAAUUGUCAUUUUUGCUUAAGGUUUUAUGCGACAGUCAACAUUCUGUGUAAAGGAAGAAACAUUUUUUGUAUGUUGUUUAUAAAAAUGGUUUCCUUAUUUUUUCUUUUCCUGUCUAUGGAAUGGGGCUCUGUAUUUUGCUCUUUUUUGACAUUUCUUGUGUAAUAUACCAUAUCAACCAUAUCUCUGAAAAAAUCAUUCAAAUAUG